CUUCUUCGUGUGCGGGGAAGAGACUGACACCAUUCGCAAUGCUUUCUCUCAAAGGUCAGGUACCGCCCUACUCUCAAGAGAGCUUCGUCUGUCUCUACAUUGGGAACUUUUUCGCUGGUACACAUAGACGUCUUCUUUCCUACUCUCCGAUAUACAAGUCCUGAGUAUACCCUCCACCCCGGACCCUUCUUGCCUGCAAUACAUCUACCUCUUUUUGAGCACACACGACUCCCCUACCUUCUUGCAGAAGCAACCCAGAUCCUUCGCCAUGGCUUCCGACGAUCAUGUACAAAGAUUCGAAACUCUCCAGAUCCAUGCGGGUCAGGAGCCAGACCCAGCGACCAAGGCUCGCGCCGUCCCCAUCUACCAGACCACCUCCUACACGUUCAACGACUCGGCCCAUGGCGCAAGACUGUUUGGCUUGAAAGAGUUUGGAAACAUCUACAGCAGGAUCAUGAAUCCGACCGUCGAUGUGUUGGAGAAGAGAAUUGCUGCUCUGGAAGGGGGAAUUGCUGCCGUGGCAGCUUCUUCUGGUCAAUCAGCGCAGUUCAUGACCAUCGUUGCCCUUGCGCAUGCUGGUGACAACAUUGUCUCCACCUCCAACCUGUACGGUGGUACCUAUAACCAGUUCAAGGUCAUGCUCCCCCGUCUCGGCAUUGAGACUAAGUUCUUGACCUCGGAGAAGCCGGAGGACUUUGAGAAGGCCAUCGAUGACAAGACAAAAGCGGUGUACGUGGAAACCAUCGGCAACCCCAGGUACAACGUGCCCGACUUUGAGGCCAUAGCAAAGGUCUGCCGUGCCAAAGGUGUUCCUCUUGUUGUCGACAAUACAUUCGGUGCUGGUGGCUACUUCUGCCAGCCAUUGAAACAUGGCGCGGAUAUCGUGGUGCACAGCACCACCAAGUGGAUCGGAGGCCACGGUACGUCCAUUGGCGGCAUGAUUGUCGACUCGGGCAAGUUCGACUGGAAGGCCAAUGCAAAGAGGUUCCCCCAGUUCAACGAUCCCGCCCCCGGCUACCACGGUUUGAAGUUUGUGGACACUUUUGGACCAUUGGCGUUUAUAAUUCGUAUCAGAGUUGAAGUCUUGCGUGACUUGGGUUCCUGCAUGUCGCCUUUCAAUGCUCAACAGUUUAUCCUCGGCGUGGAAACGUUGAGCUUGCGGUGUGAGCGUCACGCGGAGAACGCCUUGAAGCUAGCAAAAUGGCUCGAGAAGCAUCCCAAUGUCGCCUGGGUGUCGUAUCCUGGCCUCGAAAGCCACCCUCAUCAUCAGCUCGCGAAAAAAUAUCUUCCUCGGGGAUUUGGGGGUGUCAUGUCGAUCGGCAUCAAGGGAGGUGCCGACGCAGGUGCACAGGUCGUGGAUGGAUUCAAGAUGAUUUCGAAUCUCGCAAAUGUUGGUGAUGCAAAGACGCUUGCCAUCCACCCCUGGUCAACGACCCACGAGCAGCUUAGCGAGCAAGAGAGACUGGACUCUGGAGUGACCGAAGACAUGGUCAGAAUAUCUGUGGGAAUCGAACACAUUGACGAUAUCAUUCACGAUUUUGAGCAGAGUUUCGCGGCGAGUAGUGCUGCACAGCCGGAUGCAGAGGCCAAACCGGACAACGCUACGACCGACUCAAAACCAAGCACUGAUGCUAAACUCAGUGGGGCAACCUGAUUCCAUUGACCUUUAUGCUUCACAGAGAACGCGUCUGAUAAUGGCUGGCUUUUGUAUAGGGCCGAACCUUUGAAAUAUCGCAGGAUUUGGGAUUUGCAAAGGAGAAGUGUCCGCCAGAGGGAGACCUUGGAGGAAUCUCUGCGGCCAAUCGGUGGAACAUGGUCCGGGGCUGCUAUACUAUAACUAUCUUAACUACUCCGUAUCUUACGAGCUUACCUCCCUAGGUACUUACCCUUACCUAAGGUAGCUAGAUGGUAGCAGUCUUGGGAGCUGAUCCAAUUUUCACAUGCUUCGAGCUGAUGGACCACGACCCUGCAUGAACAUGGAACACGAACAUAAGAAUAAACGAACCUCUGAUCCAAUUGCC